GAUGGAAGAAGCCAAAGAUCAAAAUCCGGAAGAUGACCAGAUCAUCGCCAAGCAGAGGCGGAAAGAGCUCGGCCUCUCCUGCAUGCUCAACGCUGAGGUUGGCGCUGUCCUCGCCGUAAUUCGCCGGCCCUCCGACCAUUACAUCUCCCCCCAGGAGGAGUCCUUCGAUUCCUCUAUCCUCCAUUCCCUGAAGUCGCUGCGGGCCCUCAUAUUCAACCCCCAGCAGGAGUGGCGAAUGAUCGACCCAUCCGUCUACCUGUCCCCAUUCCUCGAUGUGGUCCAGAGCGAUGAUGUUCCUGCAGUCGCCACUGGGGUGGCCCUCUCGGCACUCCUCAAGAUUCUGAAGCUCGGGAUCUUUGACGAGAAGACCCCAGGGGCCAAGGACGCCAUCAACUCCGUCGUGACCGGGAUAGUCAACUGCCGGCUGGGGAAGACUGACCCUGGCUUUGAGGAGGCCGUGCUGAUGAGGAUCCUGCAAGUCCUGUCGAACACAAUGAGGCACAGGGCCUCGAUCCUCCUCACCGACCAUGCAGUCUCCACUGUUGUGAAUACAUGCUUCCAGGUUGUGCAGCAGUCUGCUAGCCGGGGGAAUCUGCUCCAACGGAAUGCGAGGUACGCUAUGCAUGAGCUCAUACAGAUAAUAUACUCCCGACUGCCGGAGAUCGAAGUCAAAGAAGGGGACAACUCGGAGUCGGACACCGACGAUGUGUGCAGCUUGUCCGAGUCUGGCUAUGGCGUUCGGUGCAUGGUUGAUGUCUUCCAGUUCCUGUGCUCCCUGCUGAAUGUGGUUGAGGUCGUGGAGACAGAUGGAGCCACAUCCCAGACGGCCGAUGAGGAUGUCCAGAUAUUCGCUCUCGCCCUCAUCAACUCCGCGAUCGAGCUGAGCGGAGAUGAGAUCGGGAGGCACCCGAAGCUGUUGAGAAUGAUACAGGACGACCUCUUUCACCACUUAAUACACUACGGGACAUCUUCGAGCCAACUCGUCCUAGCCAUGAUCUGCAGCACUGUUUUGAGCAUCUAUCAUUUCCUGCGCAGGUUUAUUCGACUGCAAUUAGAAGCCUUCUUUGGGUACGUCCUAUUUCGGGUCGCUUUACAUGGAACGUCGACUCAACUUCAAGAAGUGGCAACCGAGGGGAUUAUAAACUUCUGCCGACAGCCUGCCUUCAUACUUGAGAGCUAUGUGAAUUAUGAUUGCAAUAUUAUGUGCCGGAACGUUUUCGAGGAGAUUGGUAAGUUGCUAUGCAGGCAUGCAUACCCAACAUCGAGUCCCAUGACGAGUUUACAAAUCCAAGCAUUUGAAGGCCUCGUGAUCAUGAUCCACAAUAUUGCAGAUAACAUAAAUAUGGAGGAUCCGAGCUCGUUUGAACCCCAUACUAUGGAAAUCACUGACUACCGGCCCUUUUGGGAAGAAAAACCUGAGGAGGAGGAGGAGAACUGGGUCGAUUUGGUGAGGCUGAGGAAGGCCCAGAAGCGGAAGAUUAUGAUCGCGGGGAAUCAUUUCAAUCGUGAUGACAAGAAGGGGCUCGACUACUUGAAAUUCUCUAAAUUAGUCUCUGAAGACGCCCUGGAUCCUAAGGGCUUCGCAUUCUUCUUUAGGUUCACCCCUGGCCUUGACAAGGAUGCCAUCGGGGACUAUCUAGGGGACCCCGACGAGUUCCACAUUAAAGUGUUGAAGGAGUUCACGAACACAUUUGAGUUCUCCGGGAUGGUCCUUGACACAGCCCUGAGGACUUACUUGCAGACUUUUCGGCUCCCCGGUGAGUCCCAAAAGAUUCAUCGAAUUAUUGAGGCAUUUUCUGAUAGAUUCUAUGACCAGCAAUCCUCGGAGAUUUUCGCGAGUAAAGAUGCAGUUUUUGUUCUUUGCUACUCAAUAAUUAUGCUGAAUACCGAUCAGCAUAACCCGCAAGUGAAGAAGAGGAUGACUGAGGAGGACUUUAUACGGAACAACCGGGCGAUCAAUGGGGGGAAUGAUCUGCCAAGAGAGUACCUCUCUGAGCUCUUUCACUCCAUCUCGACCAACGAGAUCAAGAUCUUUAAUCAUUCGGGCUUGCCACAAGAGAUGGGCCCAAACCGAUGGCUUGAGCUCAUGAAUCGGUCCAAGUCUGCUAAUCCUUUCUUCCAGUGCAACUUUGAUGGGCGAGUUGGCAGAGACAUGUUCGCCACGAUAGCGGGACCAUCAGUGGCAACCCUUUCUGCCUGCUUCGAGCAUGCGGAGGAGGAUGAGUUCCUCCAUGAGUGCGUUGAAGGGCUGUUUUCCGUUGGCCGAAUCGCACAAUAUGGGCUAGAGGACACCCUCGACGAGCUCCUUGCCACAUUCUGCAAGUUCACCACGUUGUUGAAUCCCUAUGCCUCAUCAGAGGAAACACUUUUUGCCUUUAGCAAUGAUUUGAAGUCGAGAAUGGCGACUCUUGCAGUUUUCACGAUUGCAAACAGCUUUGGAUUUGCUAUCCGUGGAGGAUGGAGGAACAUUGUUGAUUGUCUCUUGAAGCUCAAGAGGCUAAAGCUUCUCCCUCAGACGGUGAUUGAGCUGGACACUGAUUCCGACGUAUCAUCUAGUGCGGGCUCGGAGUCGAUCUUCUCAAACCAAGACCCAGAGUUUGGUGGAAGCCGCCAAAACUCAGGAAUGAUCGGUCGUUUCUCGCACUUCUUAGCUGUGGACAGCGCGGAAGAUUCCCUGACUCUCGGGGCAAGUGAGUUCGAGCAAAAUCUCAAGAUUAUCAAGCAAUGCCGAAUUGGGAACAUAUUCGCUGGUAGCAAGAACCUACCUGACGAGGGCUUACUACAUCUUGGGCGGUCACUAAUAUUUUCUGCUGCUGGGAAAGGCCAAAAGUUUAGCACGCCCGUUGAAGAGGAAGAGACCGUUGGUUUCUGCUGGGAGCUACUGAACGCCAUCAUAACUGCAAACAUUCACCGAUUCUCGAUGUUUUGGCCCGCGUUCCAUGAAAAUCUACUAGCAGUAGCACAGUUCCCAUUAUUUUCGCCGAUUCCUUUUGCGGAGAAGGCCGUGCUAUGUCUACUGAAGGUAUGCCUCAGGCUAAUCUCUAUACGUCGUAAUGAUAUCUUGCCUGAGGAGCUCAUCUUCCGCUCAAUAACCUUGAUGUGGAAACUUGACAAGGAGAUACUCGAGACGUGCUCUGAGUCCAUAUUCAAGUUGAUCAGUAGAAUGCUGGUCGAGUUCCCUGAUAACAUCCAAAGCCAGAUCGGCUGGAAGUCGGUUCUCCAUUUACUAGUUGUCACCGGUAGAAGCCCUGAGACCUUUGACCAAGGAGUUGAGACACUAAUCACUAUCUUAUCGGACACAAACCAUCUCUCGCGGAUCAACUACGUGUGUUGUGUAGAUUGUGCAUUCGGGUUCAUUGGCCUAAAGUCUUGUCCCGUGGAGAAGAAAAUCAAGGUCCUCGAGCUAUUGACAGACACGAUAAAUCUAUUGAUCCAAUGGCACAGGCACGGGUUUUCAGAUCCUGGAAAUAAUUAUAGCACCACAAGCAACACAAGUAGUUCCUCAUUGGAGGACCACUCCAAGGCGCUCGGGACCUCAAAUUUAGCAUUGAACAUGUUUGUUAAGCUCGCGGAAUUCCUGAAGAACACAAGUCUGGCCAGGCGGGAGGAAGUCAGGAAUCAUGCGAUCCAAGAUCUUGGGAGGAUCUUCGCCCCAGCCAACAACCUUGAUUUAUCGUCAACGAGUUGCAUAAAAUGUUUCAACCUUGUGGUCUUCUCAAUGGUUGAUGAUCUGCACGAGAAGGUGGUCGUCUACUCCCGGAGGGAGAAUGUGGAGUCAGAGUUAAGGAGUUGGGAGGAAAGCCUAAAGCUGGCAAUGGAGGUACUGACUGAUAUAUACUUGCACUUUCUCAAUCUCAUCUGGGAGAGUCCAGGUUUCCGGACUUUCUGGUUGGGUGUGCUGAGGAGGAUGGACACGUGCAUGAAAGCUGAUCUCGGGCCCUAUGGGGAGCCGGGCUUGCAAAAGCUCGUGCCGGAACUGCUGCGCAGGAUGAUCACGAAAAUGAAGGAAGACAACAUUCUUCUGCCAAGGGACGGUGAUGAUCUUUGGGAGAUCACUUAUAUUCAAAUCCAGUGGAUUGCCCCUUUCCUCAAGGAGGAACUGUUCCCGGACCUCUGACGAUGAAUUGACGUUCUUCAACGGGCUGAGAGAAGAUGUCAUCAGUGUGGUCCAUGGGAACGAAACACCAAUAGUAGGUCAAGGAAAAAUUUCCUUUUACGUAUUAUAGAGGUUCAUGGUAGAGGUUCUUGUCCAAUCUAACAUAAAGCAUAAGAAGCAUCGUCGCAAGCAAAUAGUAACAUGUUUUGCCUUUUGAUUUGUAGAGAAUGUUUUAGUUAAUCAUCCAUAGGAGGUCGGUCCUUGUACGUACGUAUGAUCUUAGUUUCAGAAGGCAACUGUUUAUUCUGUCAAUAUAAAAUAUUUAUGGCCUGGGCCACUUUG